AUGCCCGACAGGAUCCGCCCCGGCGAUUCGGUUGCCUCGCGCUAUCGCGAACUGGUGCGCGAGGGCGCGAUCAGCGACGAUGCGGCGCAGCACGCGCUGGCCAAUCGUCUUGACGCGCUGAACACGCAGAUCGGCUCGAUGCGGCUGGCGUCGAAAUCCUCGUCGCUCGGGUGGCUGUUCGCCAAGAAGGCGCCGAAAUUCAACCAGGUGCACGGUCUUUACAUCCACGGCUCGGUUGGCCGCGGCAAGACCAUGCUGAUGGACUUCUUCUUCCGCGCCUGCCCCGCCAAGCGCAAGCGCCGGGCCCAUUUCCACGAUUUCAUGGCCGACGUGCACGACCGGAUCGGCGCCCAUCGCGCGGCGCUCAAGGAGGGAACGGUCAAGGGCGACGAUCCGAUACCGCCGGUGGCGCGGGCGAUCGCCGACGAAGCGCGCAUAUUGUGUUUCGACGAGUUCACGGUGACCGACAUCGCCGAUGCGAUGAUCCUGUCGCGCCUGUUUGCCGCGCUGUUCGAGCGCGGCGUGGUGCUGGUCGCCACAUCGAACGUGCCGCCGUCCGAACUCUACAAGGACGGGCUCAAUCGCGGCCUGUUCACGCCAUUUCUCGACAUUCUGGCCGCCCAUGUCGACGUGUUCAGCCUCGAUGCGGAUCGCGACUAUCGGCUUGGCCGGCUGUCGCACACGCCGCUCUACAUGACGCCGCUCGGACCCGAGACCGAGAUGGCGAUGGAGGCGGCCUGGGUGAAGAUCACCGGCGGCAUCGCCUCGCCGCCCGCCCAGGUCGCGGUCAAGGGCCGCAGCGUGCCGGUUCCGGCCGCCGCGAUGGGCGCGGCGCGCUUUGCUUUCGCCGACCUGUGCGAGGCGCCGCUCGGCGCGCGCGAUUUCCUCGCCAUUGCCCGGCAGUAUCACACGCUGAUGGUCGAAAACGUGCCGGUGAUCGGCGACGGCAAGCGCAACGAGGCCAAGCGCUUCAUCACGCUGAUCGACACGCUCUAUGACAAUCGCAACAAGCUGGUGGUCUCCGCGGCCGCCCAUCCGCACGAACUCUAUCGGGCAAAGUCGGGCACCGAAGCGUUCGAGUUCGACCGCACGGCAUCGCGGCUGGUCGAGAUGCGCUCGGAUGACUGGAUCGCGGCGAAGAAGCCGAUGGCGGCGGCUUCGUGA